AUGAAAAGCCAAGCUCUCACCCCAUUCUUGCUCGCUGGCUCCCUCGUCGUGGCUUUCCUCGCCACAUGCCAGGCCGGCAGCAUAGCCGUCUACUGGGGCCAGAACGACGGCGAGGCGUCGCUGGCCGAGACGUGCGCGUCCGGAAACUACGAGUUUGUCAUCCUUGCUUUCCUUCCCAAGUUCGGCAAGGGCCAGACGCCGGAGCUAAACCUUGCCAGCCACUGCGACCCCUCGUCAGGUGGCUGCAGAAGCCAGAGCAAAGAUAUCCAGUCGUGCCAGCGCAGCGGCGUCAAGGUCCUGCUCUCCAUCGGCGGCGGCGACGGGACACUACAAGAAUGGUGCUAG